UAGUGACGUUACAGGCCGUGUUAUGUUGACUGUAGUGUGUCAGUCGUCUGCCUCCACCAGGGGGUGAGCACCAAAGCUUACUUCUAGCAUCCCGGGUAAUGUGUGACCAUACGGCAUCACUCAUGGACGUGCCCAUGGGCCAAUAUUGUUUUGCGUAUUGAGUCAGCGAAAAAAAAGACGUCGUAGCUCAAGUUAUGACCAAUUUUGGGAGAUGGGACGUCUUCAGGAUGAGACAACUAGUUCUGGCCAUAGUUUUAUUCGUAGUGGCAACAUCUUCAACAAUUCCACAACAUUGAUGGUGAACAGUGUCUUCGGUGGUUUUGGUCACCCAAAUGUUCUCCUGAUUGUUGUAGAUGAUUUAAGGCCAGCCUUAGGGUGUUAUGGGGACUCCCUGGCCCUCACACCAAACAUCGAUUCUCUUGCACUUCAUGGAACAAUCUUGACACGUGCCUUUGCUCAACAAGCGCUGUGUGGCCCAAGUCGUACAUCUUUUUUAACUUCAAGACGCCCAGACACCACCAGAUUGUAUGACGUCCACUUCUACUGGAGGGAGCAUGCUGGCAAUUUUACAACUCUUCCUCAGUACUUUAAGGAACAUGGCUACCACACAGUGUCUGCUGGGAAGAUUUUUCACCCUGGUAUAGUGAGUAACCAUAGUGAUGAUCAACCUUACAGUUGGUCGGAAGCAGCGUACCAUCCACCCACUCAAGCCCACAAGCAGGAUCCUGUAUGUAUGGGAUCUGAUGGUCAACUGCACACCAACAUCUACUGUCCUGUACAGGUAGAAAAACAACCUGGUGGAAGCUUACCAGAUAUAGAAACUACAGAAUUUGCAACUGUGUGGCUUAAAAGAUGGGCAGCACAAGAGAAGGCCAGACCAGACAAGGGUUCAAAACAACCUUUCUUCUUGGCUGUUGGUUACCAUAAGCCUCACAUUCCUCUUAAAUUCCCUUGGCAGUUUUUAGAUGCAUACCCAAUUGGGAGUAUUCCACUUGCCCCUAACAGUCGAUAUCCACACGGUCUACCCAGCGUUGCUUGGAAUCCUUGGAAUGACCUCAGAUAUCGUGAAGAUAUUGCUGCACUAAAUGUCUCUUUCCCAUAUGGACCUCUUCCAGACUAUUAUGCAAGAUAUAUUCGGCAAGGAUAUUAUGCUGCUAUAACGUACACUGAUGCUCUGAUUGGAGAUCUUCUCUCAACUGUAACUAGUCUGUUUCCUGACACUCUUAUUGCUCUUAUUGGAGACCAUGGGUGGUCACUUGGUGAACAUCAGGAGUGGUCAAAGUUUAGUAAUUUUGAAGUUGCAACAAGAGUACCAUUCAUAGUAACCAAAUGGAGUUCUCAAAAAGAUAAUGUAUUUCAAGGUUAUAAUGAUAUUUUAAGAAAUUUUUACACAUUUAAAAAAUACUCUUUUAAGAAAAAUUGGUCAUCAUCUCUGCAAAAUAAAAUAUCACUUGAAGAUACUGUAAAAAAUAACAUAUAUAAAACUAAACCCAAUAAAAAGAGAAAAUUAGAGGUAAAACCAAAGAGAAAUAGCUGGACAAGAAUUCAUGCAAAUAAAACAUUCAAUUCCUAUGAAGGACUGGUUGAACUAGUGGAUUUAUUUCCUACAUUGGUUGAUUUAGCGGGAUUGCCAGCUCUCUCAUCCUGCCCAGAGGAAUCUAAGGAUGUUAGAGUUUGCACACAAGGAUCUAGCUUAGCUCCUAUAUUGAAUUUACUAUGGGAUGAUGAUGUGUCCAUCGCAUCUGAGGGCAAUGACCUAAAAAGACUAUUAAAGAAACAGAAAACAUCCAGAACUAACAGGAUCACCUCUCAUAUCCCAUAUGACAUACAGGUAAAAAAGGCAGUAUUUAGUCAGUAUCCUCGACCAGGACCUGAACCCACCCUUCACCCUGACAGUGACCAACCUCCUAUGCGUGACACAACAAUUAUGGGAUAUUCUAUGAGGACAAAUAGAUACCGAUACACUGCCUGGCUAAAUUUCAAUAAUAUUACAUUUAAGCCAGACUGGAGUCAUGUUGUUGCUGAAGAGCUGUAUGAUCAUUUUGUGGAUGAUCAGGAGGAUCACAAUAUCUGUAGAAAAAAGGCAUAUAGAUUUAUAAAGCAGCAGUUACAGAAAAAAAUUAGGAAAGGUCUACAGUUUGCUUCUCAUCUAGUACAUUAAGAAGAUUGUUUCUAUUUUUACUUUCAUAUUUCAUAUUGUAUAAUACUGUAUACUACAAUACUACUAUUUAUCAUGUUCCUUUUGGAAAGAACACUGUGAAUAAGAGUUUUCUAUUCAACUUCUAAUAAAAGAAUAAAUUUGUAUUAAUAUU